ACAAUCGUGUUACAGAAAGCAUUUUAACUUGUGCAGAUAAAGACCUGUUGACUCGGAAUAUGGUGUCACCGGUUUUACGGCAGAUAUGGACGGUAUCUGCAGUACUCUUCAAUAUGGUUGGUCAGGGAAUGCUUCUCAGUUAUCCAGCAUGUCUACUUCCAGGUAUUCAGUCUGAAAAUUCAACCAUAAAAACUGAUUUGAAUACAGCUGCGUGGCUUUCAUCAUCUGUGGGGUUGGCUGGAAUGCCAGGAUUCUUGAUGUCGUCAUACUUCAUGGAUAUCUGGGGACGAAAAGUGGCGCAUGCUCUUAUUAUUAUACCAGGAACAAUUGGAUGGUCAUUAGUCUACACCGCUAACAACAUCCCAAUGCUGAUGACUGCCCGCAUUCUGGGAGGGAUGACUGCCGGUGGCACUGUAGUUCUAGGUGCCGUAGUCAUCGGUGAAUAUACAGAUCCUAAACAUCGUGGAAUGUUCCUCAAUUUGAAAACAGCUUCAGUCUGUAUGGGAGCUAUGGUGGUGCAUACAUUGGGACAUUACUUGCAUUGGAGAACUAUCGCUCUUGUGGCUCUAGUACCCCAUAUUUUAGCUUUAGGCAUCAUCUGUUCUUGGCCUGAAAGUCCUUCGUGGUUGGCGUUGAAGAAACAAUUUGAGAAAAGUGAGAAAGCAUUCUACUGGCUUCGAGGAGAAUCACCGCAAUCUAGAAAAGAAAUCGAAGACCUCUUGAGUGCACAGAAGGCAAAUUUAUCUCAAGCGUCCAAUAAUAUAACAUUGGGCGAUCAUAUAAAAGGAUUUCUUAGAAAAGUAAUGAGGAAAGAUUUCUCCAAGCCUCUUCUAAUCGUUGUCCUUGGCGGGAUACUUUUAGAGUCUUCUGGAAGACAUAUUUUUCCAGCUUACGCAUUAACCGUCAUUAACGAGAUAACUGGUGAUAGCUCGCAGUCUUUUUACUACACUUUAGCUAUAGACAUAAUAAUCACUGCUAGUGCCACGUUUUCGUCUGUAUUGGUAAAAAUGUUUAAAAGAAGGACUUUGCUUUUUGUGAGUGGAUUUUCUGCUGUAGCUAUACUUUUGUGUGUAUGCCUAUAUUUGUUUUUAGUAUCUAGAGAUGUAAUUUCGAAUAAUUACACGUGGAUCCCAAUAGUAAUGUUUGUAGCAUAUUUCGUGUUAGCAAAUUUAGGGUGUACGCCUAUACCAUUGGCAUUAGUUGGGGAAAUAUUCCCAUUAGCUCAUAGGAGUGUAGGAUCCUGCUGUGCAGGAAUUUUUAUGUCCAUCUUUCUAAAUAUAGGGCUACAAAUUGCUCCAUAUUUAAUGAUUAGUGUUAAAGUUUAUGGUACGUUUGCAAUUCUUGGCGCGACUACUGGAAUUGUUUUGUUGAUUUUACUCUUCAUACUUCCUGAAACUAAAGACAAGACUUUACAGGAAAUCGAUGAUUACUUUAAUUAUGGUACAUUUAAAAAUGUUAGGCGUGAUGAAAAUGAUGAUGAAGUAAAGUUAAAAAUGAUUAGUUAGAUUUUCAAAGUU